AUGAAAUUUACGUAUUUCAUUUUUUAUAGAAUAUUUGGGAUAUCUUUCACACGUAGUCUCAUUCCAGUAAUUGGAGUGAUCGUCAACAAUAAUACGAGGGAAAUGCGAAGGUAACCGGUAGAAUUGGGCCAAUAAAGCUACAGAAUGACGUCUACUGUGUUCUGAACAAUUUAGACGUGAAGAUUAGCGACUAAUUUGGUAACCCUCAUCGGUUGUUGGCUAAAUCAAAAGAAUAUGUCGGGGUUUCAUUUAUACAGCUAUAUAUAUAUAUAUAUAUAUAGAUAGAUAUAGAAGCAUUGUUUGAGAAGCAUCUUUGGAAUUAGAAGUCCUUCACCUGUGGAUUUGGAGUGCUUGGUUCUUCCAACCUGUCGACCAUUUUCUUUCUCCUGCCAGAACUGCCAAACUCUCCUCAGCGCUUGACUGUCUGUGGCUCACCAGUGGAUCUAGUUUUGAUCCUGAUCAUGAGUUUGAUUCCCAUUCCAUCAUUGUUGCGUAACCAUAUUAAGGCACGAAGGAGAAUUCUGCCCAUGUUAUGAGCAAGUGUAUGAUGCCCCCAUCUAAAAGGCCAUUUUUUUCCCUGACAAGGUCACAAGUCAUAUUCCUUGUCAAUGUUUUCGAAAAAAUGUUUUAAAAAGGCUUUUGGAUAAGUGAUAUUAUCUAUCAUUAUGGAUUUUAUUCUGCAAUCGUCUUCAACUAGAUUCACAACUAACUGCAGAACUAUCGUGCAAUGAUUGAAGAAUGCACAACUAACUGCAGAACUAUCGUGCAAUCUUCCUUAUUUUGGCGUGGAGACUUUUUUUCCGCAGGACUCAACAGAGAAACUACCUCAGACAAACUCCAAGAAGCCUUCUCAAGAUUUGGUCAAGUUGUUGACGGUUUGUGAGAUCACCGUGGGUUUUGAUUUUUCAGGCAGUUGUAACAGGGAGGGUGCUGAUCUACAGCUUUUUGAUUUGUAGCUCAUGUUGUCUCUGAUCGAGUUUAAGGAUUCUCUCGGGGAUUUGGUUUUGUCCAGUAUGCUACUUUAGAAGAUGCGGCUGCGGGUAAAAAGGGCAUGGAUGGCAAGGUGAACUGAUGAUCUUGCACAGCAAGCCAUGCUUUGCUACGAUGUCCAACUUUAGAUCAUAUACAUUUAUAUUAAUUAUAAGAUUAAGUGCCUAGGGGCCAUCAUAUUUUUCUCUAUUCGAUUGUGAGAAUUGAUGUUGAAAGACAGAUGAAUACUGAAUCUUGUGUUGUGGCUUGCUGUUGAAAAAGUGAAAAAAAGCCAGUUAAGUCACUCAUUGUUGUCUUUAUUCUAAUAUUGUGAAUUUUCUGCCUUUAGAACAUUGAAUAUAAGCUUGGAUCACACAGCAGGUGUCUCUGACUCUAUGGCACCAUUUCUUUUUUUUGGAGUUUCUAGAUGGAUGGGUCAUCCUGGGGGAUUACUCAAGACCCCGACCUCCUCCAUUUGGAGUCAUCAGCCACCCCAAGAGCACCUUGGAUCAGCCUCCAUUAUCUUCCCAAUCUCAGCCUUGCUACCGGUUUAAAGAUUCCAACAACCGCGCCAGCAGCGGUAACAAUCAAUUUUCCGUGGGAAGCCUCCUCAAUCUCCGGUUUCGCAUCAAGGUAUCUAUCAAUCAUAAUCCCCAGUCUUGGGCUUCAUCCCAUCCCAUCCCAUCCCCCAGCCUCUUGCCUGUCGGGUUUACCUGGCUACUAUGA